AUGUUUUUGAUUUGGUUCAUAUUUUUUUAUAAGGCGGUCCUUUCUGCAGAUUUGAGGGCAAGAAUUCGCAAGGGUUCCAAAGAACGGUACAAAGAGUCUUUAAAUCCUGAAGAUGAGAUUAUAAACAAUCAGAGAAGAGAUUUUUCAGUUUUCAAUUUUUCAGUGCCGCUGGCGGAAACCUGCGUUGAUGAAAAUCUUUUCAAUGAGUGCUACAGUCUAUGUAGAAUCGAAUUUCUCAAAUGCAGGGAAAACUGCGAGAAUGCUCUUUGCGAAACUUCCUGUGAGCGAAAUUUUGAAGAUUGUACAUCAUCCUGUCCAUGCGGGACGAACUGUCCAAAUGGGUGCCUCGGCUGCGCACAUCCAAUUUGUGGCGAUCCUAAUGAUCCGGAAAAUAUUUAUAUUCUUGUCUUCGCGAUGACACUAAGUGAAUCAUAUAUUUUUUCUGGUGAUGGACUUUCGCAAAAAAGUGCACCUAUCGAUUCUGAGUAUUCAAAUGGUUAUGCAGAUAAUGCGAAAUCUGCUUUCAUUCAAGGACAAUUCUAUAUUAUUGGGGGAGAACGACCUUUCAUGAUCUCUAGACUCGAUAAUUGUAGCCUAUCUUUAAUGCCCGCUCGACUUACGAACGACUUUGCUUUUGGGUUUUCUGCUAUUAAUAUUGAUGAUGGACAACGAGGCUGGACUAGCUUGGUCAAUCAUCCUAAAAUUUAUCAUUCUCAUACUUUAACUGGCUUGGAAAGUGGUGCUAUGAUCAUGGCGGGUGGAUACGAUGAAGCUGAAAGAGAUUUUAUUAAAGAUAUCUGGAUUUUGAAUGAUGAAGUAUGGGAACUUAUUGGAUAUCUGAAGGAGUAUAUUAACGUUGGUUCAUCAUUAAAAAUCGGCGAUUACAUCUUUAUUGUCUCUGGUUACGAACGAAACUCAGAAGGUCUUUUUCCCGUGGAGAGAAUCAAAAUGAUGAACGACGAUUUAAUUGAUUCAGUUGUGAUUGGCGGGCAUGAUUUUGAAAGCCUCGGCCCUCCCUUGUUACAAACAAGAGCAGAUUAUUGCGUCUGA